AGAGAGAGAGAGAGAGAGAGAGGCAUGAGACACAGCGGGAAAAAGUUGCAUUAGAAUUGUGGUUUCGGAAUCCUCUUUGAGUAAUUUUGUUGAAUCUUGGAAUUUUUUUGUUGUUCAUUUUGAUUUCCAGUGAUAAGUAUCUGUAAAUCUUGUGAUGGUGAUGGAUAGUAACGAGAGUUGUAGUAGUAGGAGUCUGGAAUCGUCGCCGCCGCGCACGGUGGGGAAUAAUUGUAACGGACACCGGCAUCAGAUGAAGAAGCUAGAGGUUUAUAAUGAGGUUCUUUGCCGACUCAAAGAGUCUAACAACGAAGAAGCUAACGAACCUGGAUUUGAGGAUGAACUCCUGGCUCACUUCAAUCGUCUACCUACCAGGUAUGCACUUGAUGUAAACGUAGAAAGGGCUGAAGAUGUACUCAUGCACAAACGGUUACUGCAUCUAGCACAUGAUCCUGCUAAUAGGCCUGCAUUCGAGGUCCGGCUAGUACAGGUUUCUCCAACAACCGAUGGCAGCUCUGAUGAUUUAGUUUAUUCCAGCGCUCCUAGACAGCAAUCUGCCCAGAGCAUUCAUCCACCACCUGCCUUUGGGUCAUCACCUAAUCUAGAAGCCCUUGCACUUGAAGCAAAUGAGUCUGAAGUUCAGAAUGGGGACAGUGCUGUAAAUAGCUAUCCAACUCUUCCCAGGCCUAUGCACGAAAUUACCUUUUCAACAGAUGACAAACCAAAGCUUCUGAGUCAGUUGACAUCCUUGCUGGCUGAAGUCGGACUGAACAUCCAGGAAGCACAUGCUUUUUCCACAGUAGAUCGCUACUCAUUAGAUGUAUUCGUUGUUGAUGGUUGGCCAUAUGAGGAAACUGAUCAGCUCCAAAGUGCAUUAGAAAGAGAACUUUUUAAGCUUGAGAAACAGUCGUUGCCAAAUCAACAUUUAUUGUCUCCUUUAAGUGAGCUGGACCAAACUGGCACGCCAUGCCAACUUAAUCACCUAACAAUACCUCAUGAUGGGACUGAUGUUUGGGAAGUUGAUCCUCGGUAUUUGAUGCUCGACCACAAAGUUGCAUCCGGGUCAUAUGGUGAUCUAUAUAAAGGCACAUACCGUAGUCAAGAAGUGGCUAUCAAGAUACUCAAGACGGAGCGCGUAAACACAGAUAUACAGAAAGAAUUUGCCCAAGAAGUUUACAUCUUGAGGAAAGUCCGGCAUAAGAAUGUUGUGCAGUUCAUAGGAGCAUGUACCAAACCUCCAAGCUUGUGCAUUGUAACUGAAUUCAUGAGCGGGGGAAGUGUGUAUGACUAUUUACACAAACAAAAGGGUACAUUUAAGCUUCCAACAUUGCUCAAGAUUUCAAUUGAUAUAUCAAAGGGUAUGAACUACCUGCACCAGAAUAACAUAAUACACAGGGACCUCAAGGCUGCAAAUCUUCUUCUGGAUGAACAUGAUGUUGUUAAGGUAGCUGAUUUUGGUGUUGCUAGAGUGAAGGCUCAGACAGGUGUCAUGACAGCAGAAACUGGGACAUACCGAUGGAUGGCUCCUGAGGUUAUUGAACACAAGCCCUAUGAUCACAAAGCUGAUGUUUUCAGUUUUGGGGUUGUAUUAUGGGAGUUACUAACCGGAAAGCUUCCAUACGAGUACUUAACCCCUCUACAAGCAGCUGUCGGUGUGGUUCAAAAGGGGUUACGACCUACUAUUCCAAAGAACACACAGCCAAAACUGGCAGAGCUGCUUGAGAGAUGCUGGCAACAAGAUCCAAGUUUGAGACCUGACUUUACAGAAAUCAUAGAUAUUCUAAAGCAGAUAGCUAAGGAGGUUGGAGAAGAAGCAUCAGCAGCAGAUGAUCGACGCAGAGACAAAGGAUUUCUAUCGGUACUUAGACGGGGGAAUCAAUGAAAACAUACAUACAAAAGAAACAUUGGGACGAAUCACUAUCUCUGUGCAAGCAGACCUUCAAAGGACUUCGGCUAACCUGUGAAAUAUUCUUCUAUUAAUUAAUUUACACUUGAUUUAUUUGUUUUUAACAUGCAACUUAAUUUGUAGAUUAUUAUUAUUAUUAUUAUUAUUAUUAUUAUAUUGUAUUCUUAAUUUAAAUAUGGUAUAUUUUUCUUUCCCUAUAAUUAUGUUAUAUUAAAAACUAGUAGUAUCUGUAUACCCAUACACAUUAAGCUUCAAUGGAUGGAUUUUUUUUCA